AUGGCCCAGCAGUACUCUCAGGGACCUAAUGUCCAGAAUCAGGAAUGGCAGAACAACCUCUGCAAUUGCUCGCCCUGCGACUCUUGCCUGCUCGGCACUUUCUGUCCCUGUAUCCUCUUGGGUAAAACCGCCGAUCGUAUGAGAGACCCUACUAUGCAGACUGCCGAUACCUGCAACAGCGAUGCUCUCAUAUUCUGCGCGAUCAACUGUGUGACUGGCUGUGGCUGGAUUUACUCCAUGAUGAAGCGUGGUGAGAUCCGUGAGCGAUUCGGCAUCAAAGGCAGUGGCAUGAACGAUUGCUGCGUCAGUUACUGGUGCCUCUGCUGUGCUCUGAUCCAGCAGGACAACGAGGUCAAGUCUCGCCUCUCUCAGGGGCCCAUCACCCAGGGCUACCAAGCUCAGAAGGAGGGUAUGCACAUGCCAACAUCUCCUCCUGCUCAGCAGCAGCAGCAGCAAUAUCAUGAUCAGAAGCCCAACCCUCAGCAGCAGGCCCCUCAGCCCGAUUAUCAGCUUCCUCAGCACGGUUACCAGUCUCCCCAGCCUCAAGGAUCAUACCCUCCACCUCAGCAGACUUACAACCCUCAACAGCCCCAGUAUUAG